CUCUCACUCUCUCUCUCUCUUUCUCAAGUGUCAUUUUCUCACAUAUACUUCACACAAAAGAAACAACCAUUCACUUCAUACCUUCCCAUUUUUUCUCUUUCUCUCAAUCUCCAAUCUCUGCAACUACUCCCCCGAAAACAAUUUGAUCAAACCCCAGAAAUUUUUUCACCUAAACAAUAGGUCAAAUCCCUUUUGGCUUGAUCACCCAAAACUAUACACCUCUCAUCAACUUCAUCUUCGUAUAUAUAUAAAGACCUAAUCCUUUCGUGGAUAUAUAUAGUUAUUGUUGUACCACACACGAGAACUGCAAAGAGUAGCCAGGAGAAGAAGGAAGACGAAAGGGACUGAUCAGGAACAUAAGCAGAGAGGACUCUCAGUGAUCGUCUGGUGUGUUAAAGAUGGAGCUAUUCCCAGCACAACCAGAUUUAUCCUUACAAAUCAGCCCACCAAAUAGCAAACCCACAUCGACAUGGAGGAGAACAGAAGAAGAUAUGGAUUUAGGUUUCUGGAAAAGAGCUCUCGAUUCACGAAACUCCAUGUCUUCAAUGGCAAAACCGGAUAACUGCUUCGAGCUCUCUUUGUCGAAUCCAAAGGUUUCAGAGUCCAACUCCAACCACUUUCACUUUCUCCAAAACGGUGGCGCCAAUUGCAAUGGUAAUCUUUUCCACGGUUAUCACCAAACCCCGUUCUCUCACCAUCACAACCAACUGCAACAUCCGGUACUGUAUCAACAACCGCAGCAACAACAAGGGCUAGGACAAGAGCUUGGUUUCUUAAAACCCAUAAGGGGAAUUCCCGUCUACCAAAACCCUCCUCCUCCCACUCCUUUCCCAUUUGCUCAACAGCCUUUGGAUUCAUCUUUAGCUUCCUCUCCAUCUUCUUUGGCUAGUAAUAAUACUAUUAACACAAGCUUCAGCCCCUUUCAGUCUCAAGGGUUUAUGAGAUCAAGAUUCAUGUCAAGGUUUCCAGCUAAACGAAGCAUGAGAGCUCCAAGGAUGCGGUGGACUACUACACUUCAUGGUCGCUUUGUUCAUGCUGUUGAGUUAUUGGGUGGUCAUGAAAGAGCUACACCCAAGUCAGUUCUUGAGCUAAUGGAUGUUAAAGAUCUUACCUUAGCACAUGUUAAAUCCCAUCUACAGAUGUAUCGGACGGUGAAGACCACAGACAGAGCAGCUGCAUCUUCAGGACAAUCGGAUGCAUUUGAAAAUGGAUCAUCUGGGGAUACUUCUGAAGAUUUGAUGUUUGACAUUCAAAAUCCAAGAAGAUCAGAGAUAUCAGUUCAGCAGGGAAGAUCAUCAUCAUCAUCAAAUGCUCAUCAAAACAAGGAGUACCAUGGCCUCUGGAGCAAUUCAUCAAGGGAAGCUUGGUUGCAUGGGAAACCAAAGGAUUCUGGUGGAAACUUACCGUCUCUUCAGAAGGAUAUGAAUCCCAAGUGCUUAAGCUAUGAGAGAAUAUCAGAUGUCAGCUCAUCCAGCCUUUCAGGGACAAGCCCCAAGAAACCAAAUUUGGAGUUCACCUUGGGGGUGCCACAUUGAUAUAAUUAAGAUUAUAUAAUAAUUUUUUUUUAUAUCUUUGUGUGUGUACUACUCAUUUUGAAAUGAUUAUAUCUCCGAAGAGAGGAGAAGGGAUAGCUGGUGAAGAGAAUCAGGUACCCGCUCACAAAAAAAUCAGAGAAAAAGGAAAAGAAAAGAAAAGAAAAAGAGAGCUAAUGAAAGACAAGGAGACAAGAAAGAUAGAAAGCAACAAAAGGAGAAGAGGGUGGACAAAAGCACGUCCUUCAUAUCAAGCUGUGAGAUCCAAAUCAAUAUAUUAUAUUCCUACGUAAAUAUGAAAUCUAAUUGAUUUUGUAUGUUCUGCACUUAGGGAGAGAGAGAGAGAGAGAGAGAGAAAAGAAAAGGAAAAGGGAGAAAGAGAGAGUGACCUUUAACUAUCUUAAAGUAUGAAGUGAUCCUUGGUAAUUGUAAUGGAGCACUUUACAUUUAUAAAAUA